GGGAAGAGAAGCGCGGACACGCGUCAAACCUCCAUCCUUUACGGAGCAAAACGCAAACCGCGACUAGCCACGACCUACGGCUACUCGGCACCUUCCGCCGAUGCUCGUGAGCGCUCGUCACCACCGCACGCGAGGUGCAGCUGAGACAACAACCGCAACUGACAGCGACAGGCAAAGCUCGUUGUUUCGGGCCUUUCGGGCAGAGCUGACGAGAGUGAUUUGCGUAAUUCUGUUUAUUUUACGUUAUUGUCGACGAAAAGUAUAACGACUUUUCGGUGUUUCCGAAGAAGCGAUAAACGAAAGCAAGGACAGUAUGAUGUCUUGGCUCUUUGGCAAGAAAAAGCACAAGGAUUCACCACCCGAAUCCAGAGACGAGCGAGAGAAUCAGCCUCCUGCGGAUCCAGGAGAUGAUUUCGUAGUAAUUGAGAGAAGAAGGACCUCAUUACCGCCUAACGUAGGUGGCCAAGGUGCCCCUUAUCCCAGUGGAUUAUAUCCAUUCAUCGGUGGAACACCGAUGAAUCCGACGAUGUCAGUCGGUAACUUGCCUAAACUAAGUCAGCAAGUGGAUGCUCCGCAUUACCUGAGCGGUGUGCCAUUUAAAUUGUGCAGGCAGUUGGAAAGCAAUAUGAACACCGAUUUCGAAAUCGAUGGUCUACGUAUUAGCGAAAUAUUGUCCUUUAUUGAAAGAUUAGAGAACCAAAAUUAUGAUUACGAUUUCUCUCUGGAGGAAGGUGUUAUCAGGGAAAUGGAUAGCACGAGUAACGAAUGAUCCCAAGUCUCUUUGACUUUUGUAAAACAGGUGUAUGUUGUACGUCAUUGAAGAAUUGAGGAAUCAAAAUGAAAUUUGACCUUUCCUAGUUACGUGCAUACGUAAUAGAGCUAUAUUUUUCAAAAGCGCAACACCAUGUACGAGAAAUUGAUUUCUGUCUUUUAUUUAUAUAAGAAUUUAUAUAUAACAAUGGUGAUUUCCUUCUUCAAGUAAUUAUAGUUAAAAAUACAUGUUACUUUUGUACACUGAAUGUAUCGAAUAGCAAACAUGUUUAUGUGCGAUUUUAUCAGAAUCAAUGAUUAAUGAAUAUGUAUUCGUUAUUUCGUACAUGUCGAAGAGAUACUUUUAUUGCCAUAUUGUUCGUAUAUGUAAAUAAAGUAUAUAACACGUUCGAUUUCGUGUCUCACGAUUUCGAAGUAACUGUUGUAUCGACGAUGCCAUUUUUUCAGAGAUGUAAAAAGGAUAUUUUUAUUCGAUUUAUUCGAUUCGUAGAAUGUAUAACGGUUAUUAUAAGAGCUACUUAUUAUAUUUUACGUUUAUCGUUACAUCAUAUUUGUCUAAUCAAUGUAUCUUAGGUCGUAAAAAUUAAAUAUGAAAUUAAACCCA